AUGGCAAAUAAAAAACUAGAUCGUUAUUCAUUUAACAAGAAAAAAGAGGAUUAUAUUAUCAUCUCCCCCACUGUUGGUUCUAAAUCCCAAUUGAAUGAUGGUGGUAGAAUUACCUUCGAAAUAAAUUCAUUAUCGAAUUGGUUGCUUCUUUCUGAUGCUUAUUUCAGAUGCGAUUUCAAAAUCAAAGACGCCACUCAGAAUCAAGUACCACAAACUAAUACAACUUUAGAAAACAAUUUCUUUCCAUCUUUAUUUAGCGAGAUGGUUUUGGAAGCUGGUUCAAAUCCGAUAGAAAUAAUCAAACAUCCUGGGGAAUUCGACACAAUGUUGAAAACAGUUUUAUAUCCUAAAGAUUUCGAUUCAGUCUCGGGUUGGAUACCCGAUGUUGGCGAUGGAAGUGUUUUAAAAGAACCGAAUAAUAGGUGGUGUAAUUACGUAAAUUGGAAAUUAUAUCCUUUAUUCGGUCUGUUGGAACAUAGAAAAGUUUCCAUAGGGUUACCAUAUAAAAUUCAUCUACAAAGAGAAACCAACGAUGAUAAGAUAUUUUUUGGAGAGAAUGGUUCAGAUGCAAAAUUAGAAAUAACGAAUCUCCAACUUUUCAUACCCGUAAUAACACCACCAAUUGAAGUAGAAACGAGAAUAUUCAACUCGUUAACUAAAGAUAUUGAAAUAGCUUUUCUGCAUCGUAACACGGUAGGUAGCAUGACUUUAAAGGGAGAAUCCACCACCUGGCCAAUCACUAACACUAUUAAACCAGCAAGAUAUUUAAUGGUUGGUUUCAGGAACUUACCAGAUUCUCAAACGAAUAACAAUAAUGUCUUUAGAGUGGCAAUGAACCAAACUCAAAAUCCUUUAAUCCAUAAAGUUCAAGUAAGAUUAAACAACGAAAAUUAUCCUAACCAACCUUUAACAAUUAAUCCAUUCACAAAGGAUUAUAAUGAAUUGUAUAGAAACUAUAAAAAUAUGUGUGAAUUAUUUGGAAAUCCACCUCAGUUUGAAUAUGUAGAUUUUGCACUUAAUCAUCCAAUCUUCUGUUUUGAUCUAUCAGCUCAUCAAUAA